UAGCCGUUGGGUCCACUCCUGCUAGUCCAGCGCCUCCACUCAGUUCCCUUCGGGCCGCCUUCGUGUGCAAUGGACGGCAUUGUCCAAGAUAUAACAGUUGGUACAAAGCGGGGAUCUGACGAGCUUUUCUCUACUUGUGUCACUAACGGACCCUUUAUCAUGAGCAGCAACUCUGCUUCUGCAGCCAAUGGAAAUGACAGCAAGAAAUUCAAAGGGGACAAUAGAAGUCCAGGAAUCCCGUCACGAGUAAUCCAUGUCCGCAAACUGCCGAACGAUGUAACCGAAGCUGAAGUGAUUUCUUUGGGGUUGCCUUUUGGCAAGGUCACAAACCUCUUGAUGCUGAAAGUAAAGAACCAGGCUUUCAUAGAACUGAACACCGAAGAAGCCGCGAGCACAAUGGUGAGCUACUACACGACAGUCCCUCCGGUUCUCCGGGGCCAGGCCAUCUACAUCCAGUUCUCCAACCACAAAGAGCUCAAGACUGAUAACUCUCCAAACCAGGCGCGUGCACAGGCGGCCUUGCAAGCCGUGAACUCCGUUCAGUCUGGCAACCUGGCCUUGUCUGCCUCUGCCGCCGCCGUUGAAGCUGGGAUGGCCAUGGCCGGCCAGAGCCCCGUCUUGAGGAUCAUUGUGGAAAAUCUCUUCUACCCAGUUACCCUGGACGUUCUGCAUCAGAUCUUCUCUAAGUUUGGCACCGUGCUGAAGAUAAUCACGUUCACCAAGAACAACCAGUUCCAGGCCCUCUUGCAGUAUUCAGAGCCCAUGAGCUCUCAGCACGCCAAGUUGUCCCUGGAUGGGCAGAACAUCUACAAUGCCUGCUGCACACUCCGCAUUGAGUUCUCCAAGCUCACCAGCCUUAAUGUGAAGUACAACAAUGACAAGAGUCGGGACUACACACGGCCAGACCUGCCUAGUGGGGACAGCCAGCCCUCCCUCGACCAGACGAUGGCAGCCGCCUUUGGUGCUCCAGGAAUAAUUUCUGCCAAUCCAUAUGCAGGGGCUGGCUUCCCUCCUGCUUUUGCAAUUCCUCAGGCUGCAGGCCUCUCAGUUCAGAAUGUACACGGAGCUCUUGCUCCUUUGGCUAUCCCAUCAGCCGCCGCCGCUGCCGCAGGACGGAUUGCUAUUCCUGGCCUCACCGGGGCAGGGAACUCCGUUCUGCUGGUUAGCAAUUUGAACCCCGAGAGAGUUACACCCCAAUGCCUCUUUAUUCUUUUCGGGGUGUAUGGUGACGUGCAAAGAGUGAAGAUCUUGUUUAACAAGAAGGAGAAUGCCUUGGUUCAAAUGGCAGAUGGCAAUCAAGCCCAGCUGGCCAUGAGUCACCUCAAUGGUCAGAAGCUGCACGGCAAGCUGAUCCGCAUCGCCCUGUCGAAACACCAGACGGUGCAGCUCCCCCGGGAAGGGCAGGAAGACCAAGGGUUGACCAAGGACUAUGGAAACUCUCCCCUCCAUCGCUUCAAGAAGCCGGGCUCCAAGAACUUCCAGAACAUCUUCCCCCCUUCUGCCACCCUUCACCUCUCCAAUAUCCCGCCUUCCAUAACUGAAGAGGACCUCAAGUUGCUGUUCUCAAGUAAUGGUGGAGUGGUGAAAGCCUUCAAAUUCUUCCUGAAAGACCGGAAGAUGGCUCUGAUCCAGAUGGGGUCAGUGGAAGAAGCCAUCCAGACCCUCAUCGACCUCCACAACCACGACCUGGGUGAGAGCCACCACUUGCGCGUGUCCUUUUCCAAGUCCACCAUUUAAGCGCUCUUGGAGGGGAGCACGAUGGACCCGGACUGCAGGCAAGAGGCAAAACAACCCACCACGGCCCCUCCCUCAGGCUUCAGCCUGGCAUCUUGAAGGCUGAAGACCCGCUCGGGGCGAGGCAACUUCCGUCAUUCCAGAAAGAAAAAAAACACAAGAAGCCACUUUAAAGAAAAAAAAAGCAGCUGAAGUGACCUUAAGAGACACAACAGAUUUUAUUUUUUUAAAGAGGAAAGCAGUUUACUGGGUUUUUAAAACAAAAAUUAAAUCUUAAUUCACAUUGCUAUAACCUUUCUUGCAGCUUGUGGGAUUACAAUCUUGACUGUUUUGGGGGGGGGGGCAGGGGCAGGGUCAAGCAUUAAACGUUUACAUUCUUUAAACCGCUCUGGGAACGUUCCUCUUCCCCCCCCCUUCCCCUCCUUCCAGAGUGUGAAAUACAGAUAACGGUGCCCAGUCCCAGAAAACCGUAUCAACUUCACAAUAAUGCCUUUAUCGUCUUCAAGCCUUGGAAGACCCCAAGUUGCGUAGUCUUUGAGUCCUUUAAACCCUGCGGAGCACAGAUACCUCCUUAGGGUUCACCUGCUCAUCUCCCCUAAGCCUUGGAUCGAAUAUCCUGUGCCUUAGAAGCCUUUUUUUUUGCUAAUUUUGGGGAGGCUCGCUAGUACAAAUUUGAAAGAACAGAGGAGUCCUCCAUGGGUGACCCCGAUUGCGUGGCGGAGGGGUGAGGCAGGGUGGACAGUGCUCUUCCCUCCUUAAGCAGUUGAGCAUCUCUCCAGGAAAAGAACUGUCUUAACCCGCGGAGCAGUGGAACUGACUUCCUCAGUCCCGUGUGUCCCCAGCGGAAGUCUACAUUAAAAACUUUUUGGCCAGCAAUGCUGUUUUGCUCAGGGCUGGGGGAGGGAAAGGGGGAAGGCUCCUUUUCCCUUCACCAUUCCCCUAUCUGGCCGAGCAGGUUUCGUUUACUGCUUUAAAAACGAGUCGUUUUCCCAGGCUGUGGGAACUGAGCCAAGAGCAUCAGACAUUGUUUGUACAGGAGAGUCUUAAAUCUUGGUCUGUAUUCAGAUCCUGUGUUCUGGGCUCAGACUUGGGGAAAAAAGGUUGCAUCAAGUUGCCUUGCCCUGCCCUUCCCCUUCCGAGUUCAUCCUCAAGACCAGCAUCUCUGCUCUCCUACUAGUGACCUCAGCUUUUUCUUUUAAAUCUUUUUAUUACAAGUUUUUUUUUUUUUACAAAGCAGUCUUUUCUCUGCCUAGCAAUAUCUCCAGUU